AUGCCCAUACCUGCCAACUCUCCAUUACCUAAUGCUUUUCGUCUGGUCCGACAAAUCCUUUCCACUUCAACCGCGUCUGAAGGUCUUACAACCAAAGAAUUAGUCAGAGAAGCUUUGACUUUGUGCCAAAGUGAAAACCCCUCUCCCUCUCCCUCUCCCUCUCCAUCUCAGGGUGAUUCGUCAAGUACCAGUAGUGUAAUCUCUCAAUCACCUAUUGAACCAAGCUUGGCUUCGCUAAAAGGAAAAGGCAAAAAUGUCGUUGUAGGUAAAAAAGAAAAAGGUGUAAACGUUUUACCUGAUGGACAUCCAUUCAUUUCUACUUCUUUCUUGAAAUCACGUAUAUUGGCAGUACUUCAAUCACAAGAUCUAUUACUUAAAUCACCACGUAAAUCAUCUUCCUCUUCCUCUUCUUCUACACCUUCCACUCCAUCUGGAUCUGGAUCAUCAUCCAGUGGUGGUAGUAGUAGUAGUAAUAGUAGUAGUGGGAAACCAACAUUCGUUUGGAAAAUCUCUUCACCACGUCAAUCGAACCUGUCUACAUCUCAAUGGGAUUUCCCAAAUCACUGGGAUCGAUUGAUACAAGGUGUAUCACCAGGUCAGUUAUCUGCCGAAUACACUUCCAACAAGAUUGCUCGACAGAAAGAAGAAAGAGAAAGAGGUUUGGAUAGCGGCAAAUUAAGAAGAACAGAAAAAGAAAUUUGGGAUUGGCAAGGAAGGAAAGAUGGUAUAACGACUACUUUGGAAAGAUUACAUUUGAACAAAAGAAGAGCAGAAGCCAGACCCAAAAAAGAGAGGAAUAGAAUAGAACGAUACGAAUCGUUAUUCGGUGGUGUCAAAGAUGAAGCCAGAGAACGGUUAGGUCAAGCUGCGUAG